UUGACUUUUCACCAGAUGUACAUAUCAUGUCUAGUUGUCCGGCAGCCGCAAACUGUGCCGGUGUGAAUCCCAAGAAAAUUAAACAGAUCGUAGAAUAAAGAUCCAAUGUUUUCAAUUUAAGCACGGCCUUUCCUGGAGUUUUCUUAAUUCUUAGUCGGUUUCUGCUCUCUUUCUCUCUCUCUCUCUUCAACUCUCUGCUCAACUCCGAACUGUUUGGUUCCUGAGAAAAACAAAUUUUCUUUCUUCUCGUUGUUCUCGCUGGUGGCAUUGAAAGUAAGAGAAAAGAGAAAUGGAUAAAACGAAGUUUGGAAAGAGAUUCCAAGGAAAGGUGGCGAUCGUUACGGCUUCAACUCAAGGCAUCGGCUUCAGCAUCGCCGAGCGACUCGGCUUGGAAGGUGCUUCUGUCGUUGUCUCGUCUCGCAAGCAGAAAAAUGUAGAUGAGGCAGUUCAAAACCUUAAAGCACGAGGAAUCGAGGUGUUGGGAGUUGUUUGUCACGUUUCAAAUGCACAAGACAGGAAGAAUCUCAUAGACAAGACUCUUCAGGAAUAUGGAAAAAUCGAUGUGAUUGUGUCAAAUGCUGCUGCAAAUCCAUCAGUUGACGCCAUUCUGCAAACCAAAGAAUCUGUCCUUGACAAACUAUGGGAAAUAAAUGUCAAAGCUUCAAUUCUUCUUCUGAAGGAUGCAGCACUUCACUUGAGCAAGGGUUCUUCAGUUGUUUUUAUUUCCUCUGUUAGCGCAUUCCAGCCGCCGGCUGCCAUGGCAAUGUAUGGGGUGACUAAAACUGCCCUUCUGGGGCUUACCAAGGCCCUCGCUGAUGAGCUGGCUCCAGAUACUCGGGUAAACUGUGUUGCUCCUGGUUUUGUACCCACACAUUUUGCCGAGUUCAUUACAAGCAAUAAAGCUGUGAGGGAGACCAUUGAGCAGAAGACUCUACUUAACAGGCUUGGUACCACUGAAGACAUGGCCGCUGCCACUGCGUUUUUGGCGUCUGAUGAUGCCUCCUACAUUACUGGAGAAACUCUGGUAGUGGCUGGAGGAAUGCCCUCGAGACUCUAGGGCCUCUUUUCUUUCUCUAUGCUCUCAUAAAAGAAACCUUGCAUUUGAGUAAACUUUGGAAAUUUGAGGCAAUUAUCAAUAAUAUUUACUACUGGCAAUUUAGAUGACAGCAA